UCCAUAAUUUAUUCGCAGUCCGCAGUAGAAAACGUUAAAACGUGUUUGAUCUUAUGAGUAAAAUGCCGCCAAUUUGUACUAACGCACUUUAAUUCAAUCUACAAUAUCAAUAGAGUAUCCAGAAUUAAAUUUGCUAUUUUGUGAAAUUAGUGAAAUAAAUAAUGAGCAUUGUUACAUUAUCAUAAGAAAAUAGGAACUUUAUCUGUUAGGCUAAAACAUUUAGUGCUUAUUAAUUAAAAACAUGUCAUUCCGAGGACGUGGAGGUGGCGGGUAUAACAGAGGAGGUGGCGGUGGUAGCGGAUUUCGUGGUGGAAGAGGUGGUGGAGGCUUCCGAGGACGUGGUGGUGGAUUUGAUAGAGGUGGAAGAAGCUUUGAUCAUGGUCCUCCAGAAAGAGUUACUCCAUUGGGUCGCUUUACGUGGACAGUGCAAGAUGAUCUUGUUGCCAAAGCAGAAAUUGAAGAUGUACCCUUUUUUAAUGCACCAAUAUAUACAGAAAACAAGCAACAAAUUGGUAAAAUAGAUGAAAUAUUUGGUAAUGUUAAAGAUUACUAUGUGUCUAUAAAGUUGUCAGAAAACAUAAGGGCGUCAAGCUUUGAGAAAAACACAAAGUUAUACAUAGAUCCAGCAAAAUUGCUACCUCUACAAAGGUUUUUGCCUAAACCUCCUGUUGAAAAAAAGAAAAGAUCUAGAAAAACGGGAGCAGGAGGAGGUGAUGGAGCAGGAGGAAGUGGAGGAGCUGGAGGAAGUGGAGGAGGACGUGGUGGUGGUGGUGGUAGAGGUGGUGGAGGUGGUGGCAAAUCAUUUGGACGUGGUGGCUUUAAAAACAAAGGAGGUGCUUUUAGAACCGGUGGUGGAGGCGGAAGUGGAUUCAAAGUUCGUGGAGGCGGCGGAUUUAAGGGUCGUGGAAGAGGAAGACGAUAGGAUAGCGGAAAAUUCUGCAAUGAUAGAUGUAUUGAGAAAUAAAGCUAUGUUAAUUUCAUACAAGAAGCCGAGACGACGUUGACCAGUUUAAAUGAAAUGAAGGAGAAAAAUAUAACUGAAAUAAAGUAAUAAAUAAAUUUAUGUUCAUCAUUUUGUUAAAUGCGAGUUAUCAUUAUGAAAAAAAACGUAUAUUUUAUAUACAAGUAUUAAACACAUCUCAUGAAAUAA